CUCGCGACGAAGCGUGCGUCUCCAAAAAGGGGUGGGUGGGGUGUGUGUCGGGACGCGUGUUGAAAAAGAGGAGUGCUGCCAAAGUUUGGGUCAGAUCGGCUCGUGGAGUGAGCAGUCAAGAGAGACUUGGACUAGAGUUAGCCACACGGUCCCCACGCGAAGGACACGAGAGCUGUACACUGCCAACCCUUUCCGUUCUUCCUCCUCUUCCUGUCCCAGCGUUUGAGGCUGCAGUCGCCCUCUCCAUCCAUCAUUUCACAGGAACUAUCAGCAAGAUGGAAACUACAACCAUCACCAACACGCAGACUGCAUUCACCUUUGGACUUACUGAAAGACGCGCCAGCAUAACCCUGAGCGCCCCGGCCCAGGACUGCACAGUCCCCGCAAUGCACGCCAGCACCGGCGCUGUCGGCUACCAAAGCAAAACCAAGGUGCUGAAGAGACAGCGCUCCAACUCUCCGGAGCUUCUGCGCUGCAAGCGGCGCCUGAGCUUCAACGGCCUCGGCUACUCCAUUCCUCAGCAGCAGCCCGUCGCCGUGGCUCGACGGAACGAAAGAGAGAGGAACCGGGUCAAACAGGUCAACAUGGGUUUCCAGACGCUGCGUCAGCAUGUCCCCAGCGGCGCCGCCAACAAGAAGAUGAGCAAAGUGGAGACCCUGAGAUCUGCGGUGGAGUACAUCAGGGCUUUACAGCAGCUUCUGGACGAACAUGAUGCUGUGUCAGCAGCUUUCCAGUGCGGGCUGCCAUCCCCGACACUUUCCAACAGCUACUCCGCCGAUCCGGAGUCGCCUCACUCCACCUACUCAUCAGAUGAAGGCAGCUAUGAGCCUCUCAGCUCUGAGGAACAGGAGCUGUUGGACUUUACAACCUGGUUCGACAGGUACUGAGGCUGACAGCAUCAAACCCACGCAGCAGCGUUUGUGCUUAAAAUGCUGACAGACUUGAUCAAGGCAUCAGAUCAGUCUCUCCCUCUGUGGUUGGAAGUGAUCUGUUGCCUCCCUCCCUCAACCGGGCUGCUUCUCCAGAAGCAAAGCAAUAGUGAGAAAGAGAGAGAGAGUGUGUGUGUUAGAGAGGGAGCUACUUGUUGCAUAGAGCAUAAAUAGUCAACCCGAAGUCCCCACAAGAAGGAGGAAGUUGGGCCCGGUGUCAGGCUCACGCGUGGAAGUAAAGAACUGUUGAUGUAUGUUUGAAUAAGUGCAAUUAAUACGCGACACAGCAGCAGGCUCUGCAUGGACGGUGCUUGGACUUGCACUUGUUGGAUGAGCGUUUCAUCAGAGCAGGACUUCCUUCCUCAGCUGCCACGUCUGUUGGAAGAGCCAACAAAGAUAAUGCGUCAACAGACUUUCUCGUGAUGUACAUUUUGCCCCUUUCAUAACAAAACUGUAUCACUGUUUUAACAUGAAGACAUAUUUUUGUACUUUGAGUCAGACAAACAAUGUUCUUGAACAACAUAAACUGCCACAUUUCCUGACUGUUUUCACAACAGGUUGUCAGUGGAACAGUGUGAGUUGUGUGACUGGACAGCAAUAUCAAGACUUCUACCUGUGACAGAUUGUAGUUGUGUUUUUUAAUAGGUGGUAAGGAGACCUUUAUUAAUGUAUGCACUUGUUCUCCACUUCCCGUAGCCUAAAAUGUAA